GGCGUCUCCUCCGCAGCGUGUAGUUCCUCCCACAGCGGUCACUCAGGCUGACGUAAAGGAAGCGGCACGCAGAAGUCUCGCUUUAUACUCUAAAAUACACACAUUUAAACGUUUAUUUACAGUCUUUUAUCCACCAAGGUGAUACCCGAAACUCAACGGGAACUUGUUUAACCGAAAAGAGGGGUUCUUGGAGAUCUGACAGGAAGAUGGAUGAGCUGCAGGAUGUACAGCUGACUGAGAUCAAGCCGCUGCUGACCAGUAAGAAUGCACGAAACUUUCAGGAUUUUGACUGCCAGGAGCACGACAUUGAGACUCCGCAUGGCGUUCUCCAUGUGACGAUGAGAGGCAUUCCCAAGGGCAACAGACCUAUUAUCCUCACCUAUCACGACAUCGGCCUGAACCAUAAGUCCUGCUUCAACACCCUGUUCAACUAUGAGGACAUGCAGGAGAUCACCCAGCACUUUGCUGUGGUCCACGUGGACGCGCCUGGCCAGCAGGAGGCUGCUCCUCCUUUCCCCAGCGGGUACCGGUACCCGACCAUGGACGAGCUGGCUGAAAUGCUGCCCUCUGUGAUGACUCAGCUGAAGGUGAACAGCGUGAUCGGUAUCGGCGUGGGAGCAGGAGCGUACAUCCUCACCCGCUUUGCAUUGAACAACCCCAGCCUGGUGGAAGGACUGGUUCUGAUCGACAUCGACCCGUGUGCUGAAGGCUGGAUCGACUGGGCUGCUUCUAAGCUCUCUGGAUGGACCAGUAACCUGGUGGACAUCAUCAUGGCCCACCACUUUAGCACUGAUGAGCUGACUGAGAACCAGGAGCUGAUCCAGACCUACCGCCUCCACAUCGCCCAAGACAUCAACCAAGACAACUUGGCCCUGUUUUGUGGCUCCUAUCAAUACCGCCAGGACCUGGACAUCGAGAGGCCCAUCGUGGGUCUAAACGAGGACACGGUCAACACGCUGACGUGCCCCGCCCUGCUGGUGGUCGGUGACACGUCUCCAGCUGUUGAUGCUGUGGUGGAGUGCAACUCCAGGUUAAAUCCCACCAAGACCACUCUGCUAAAGAUGGCUGACUGUGGAGGCUUGCCACAAGUCGUUCAGCCUGGGAAACUCGCUGAGGCCUUCAAGUACUUUGUUCAGGGCAUGGGAUAUAUUCCCUACGUUCUCCUCAGUCACCUGAGCAGCGAAUCAGUUCCGUCAGCGGGAAUGACCCGCCUGGCCCGCUCACGCACCACCUCCUCCUCCAGCAUCACCUCCAUGGAGAGCAGCCGCAGCCGUAACAACAUCAGCGGGCUGCUGGAGGGCGGCGGCCAGGCUGGACCCCAGACCAUGGAGGUGUCGUGUUAAACCCACAUUCAGCCCCUCUCUGCCUCUCCUGUCGCUCUCAUCCACCUCCUAAGCAACGCAGAGGGGUCUACGUGAUUAAACCGGAGGACCUAAGAGAGAAAUAUAUUAACAGAUCCAUAUUAUAAAGUGUAAUGUAUGCUGUCAAAGUCACAUCACUAACAGAAGCUACAUGCAGAUGAGUUGUAUAUUUAAAUGGUUAAAGCGUGAGCUUGACUCGACCGUCUAGUCUUGUAUUUAUUAUUGUUUUAAACCUUUAGAUCCUGCCUACGUUCAGUUUUUUACUCUUACGUUUUCUGAUUCACGUUUUAGUUUGUUAUUUUCAAACCUCCACAGUGCAAGUAGGUCAGAUCUGAACUGAACAAUGACACCGUAGCACCGCUGAGUGCAGCACAACAUGUGUUCGGUUUAGUUUUAUCAAACUCGGCUCCGCGCUGGUGUUUGUAUUCAGCUGUGAUGUUUUAACCACUUCUAACGCGGGCAGUCCGAAGUGAAAGGUGUAACAGUGCUGUCGCUGUGGGGCCAAGAGCUUCUUCUGCUGAUUCAGCUCAUUUAUAUAUGACUACUGAAUAAAAGUACAAGAGGA